AAAAAAAAAAAAAAAGAAGAAAGAAAGCAUAUAAAGAGAAAACGAAACGAAACGAAAACCUAAAUCCCCAAAUUCAGGCAUGUCUCUGUGCGACGAAAACAACGUGAUGGACCUCUCUGCUUUCCGAUUGGCGGUGCAAGGCGCCUUCAACCCCGAUAGUACCAAGUUUGUGCCUAUCAUCAGGCCAUGUGAACCUGGUGCUUUAGAUCGUGUGUCACUCCUCCGUCAUAUGGCAAACACUGGACCAAAGGGCACUCACAGUAUGACAAUCCCCGUUCAGAGGCCACGCCCAGUCCGCCCAGUCCGCCCUCCCGAAGGUAGAUGUUUGAUUUGUUCCUUGGAUGAACACACAUCAUCUGAAUGCCCGUACAACGCUGAAGUUCCAAAGAACGCAACUGUUGGCAGGGGCUGUGACGUAUUUUGUAAGGUUUGUGAUGGCUUGUUUUCUGGGCGCUCUUGUAACCAAGAUUCAUGGCGUGCGAAGCUCAAGUUUUGUAAUUUCUGUUCUAACUACGGUGAACACUGGAUGCAACAGUGCCCGCUCAACUCUCUUAAAGUGAUGCUCGAUUGUGGUCCUAGCUCUGGAUAUUUGAGGAAAAAAAGUGGUGUGUAAUCUGUGUUUUGUAAUACGUGGGAUAGUUAAUGUUAUUAGUAGGUUGAAAUUCACUGGUUUGUUUCUAUUGAUAUAAUCAAAAUUUCCUGCUGGAUUUCCUCUCUCUGCAUCUGUACUAUAUUUUUAUGUAUGACAGAAGAAAGUGUUGUAUAA